AUGUUGGGAAUUUGCACCAGAACUGUAGUAAAGGUGGGGAUGGUGAGACCCAUUGGUUUGGUGAAAUCUUGUCACUUGGUGAAGCCUGUAUCAGCGACUCUGGUCACUGGCAGGUACCUGACCCAGCAGGAGGGACUGCCCCGUCAGCCUCUCCCCACUCUACAGCAGACCUGUGAGCGCUACGUCACCACCCUGGAGGCCAUCGUGGAGGGAGACGAGCUAAAGCGAGCAAAACAGCUGGUGGAAGACUUUCAGAAACCAGGAGGGGUUGGAGAGAGACUGCAGGAAAGCCUGGAGAAGAAAGCGAGCAACACUGAAAACUGGAACUUGUUUUGCAGUGGUACACUACCAGUUGAGUGUGUCAGAGGAAUUCCCUUGUGUAUGAAGCAGUACUACCAGGUGCUGUCAUCCUGCCGCAUCCCUGGUCCGGAGAGAGACUCGCUGGUUUUCUAUUCCAAGACCGACCCAAAAUACAUCACUGUAGCACACAACUGUGAGUUCUUUGUGCUGGACGUGUACAACAGUGAUGGGACUCAACUGACAACCGAUCAGCUCUGUGUUCAACUGGACAGGAUCUGCAAAGCUUCACCACAGCCCAGCACGGAUCCUGUUGGCAUCCUGACCACCCAAUAUCGCAAAACCUGGGACAAGGCCUACAUUAACUUAAUGAAUGAUGAGACCAACAGAGAAUCAGUGUCAGCCAUUCAAAGGAGCAUCUUCACACUGUGUUUGGAUAGAGCGAUGCCUCAGGUGUCUGAUGAGUCGAGUGACAUCACUGGUACCAAACAGAUGGUGCAUGGAGGAGGCAGCCAGUGUAACAGUGGCAACCGCUGGUUUGACAAAUCACUACAGCUUAUUGUUGGAGAAGACGGGUCAUGUGGUGGGAAUGCCUUGCAUGUCGCUGCUGAUGGUACAGUCAUAAGAGUCUUUGGGGAUGCUGUGGCAGCAUGCCUGAAGGACCCAGAGAUGAUGCGGUCUGCCAUGGAGCCUUCACCCACGGACAUGAAGGAGACUGAGUCUUUGCCCAUGCCACAGAAACUACACUUCAGCAUCACACCUGAGAUCAAGAAGGACAUUGAGGAAGCCAAGCAGAACAUGGACAUACUGGCCCAAGAUGUGGAUCUGAGAAUUCAGGUAUUUGACCACUUUGGAAAAGAUGUCCCAAAGGCCUACAAGCUGAGCCCCGAUGCUUUCAUACAGAUGGCAAUGCAGCUAGGCUACUACAGGAUGUACCAGCGGUGUGGUACAGUGUUUGAAGCUAACUCCAUGCGUAUGUUCAGAGGGGGCCGGAUAGAUGGAAUCUGUGCAACCUCAAGUGCCUCAGCUGCCUUUGUCAAGGGCUUUGAUGAUCCUACAAAACAGGUCACAGAGAAGAUGGAUUUAUUGGGGAAAUCUAUAAAAGCACACAAUGCAUUAACUAAAAUGGCAAUGAGUGGACACAGCAUAGAUGGACACAUGAUGACUCUUAAAGAUCUGGCUGUUGAGGAGAACAUCACCAUACCAGAAAUCUUCAAAGACACAUCUUUCGAUAAAGCCUUUGACUACAACGUCUUUACAAGUCAGGUAACGCUAGAGAAUGAAUCUCUGCCAGUUACUAACCUUGAUGACCCCAAUGGAUACUGUGUGUGCUACAGUGUUAAGAGCAAUUACAUCGGCUUUGUGGUGACAGCUAUCAACAGCUGCAAAGAAACAAGUGCCACACAACUGAUCCAGUCAAUAGAGAAUGCACUGCUGGACAUGAGGACUCUGCUGGAACAAUCUCAAGUCUAA